AUGUCCGAGACGUCCUCCCACGACUCCUUCUACGACUCGCUCUCGGACCUGCUGGAGGACGGCGAGAAUGCGGCCUUCUUCCCGGGGCUGUCGGCCUUCCUCAGCCAGGAGGAGAUCCACAAGAGUCUGGACCUGGCCCGCAGAGCCAUAGCCAGCUCGGAGACGGAUGACUGCGCCUGCGAGGAGGUCCCGCAGCGCUGCAGCCCCUCGCCCAGGAGCCGCCAGAAGCCGCCCGCCCCUCAGGAGGCCCAGCCGGGCGAGCGUGCGUCCCCGGGGACACCUGGGGACGGCAGGCGGGCACCUGCCACGCCUCCGCCAGCCGAGCAAGCCGAGCGCAUUUCCUCGCCCGCAUCGCGGAGGAAGCCUGGAGUCUCGCCCCUGCUGGCCAGGCCCAGCUACAUCCGGAGCCUGCGCAAGGCUGGGAAGCAGGUGGCCAAGGCCCCCGGCGCCAGCGCCAAGCCCAGGGUCGCGCGCCCUGGCAGGGCCGGCCCCCAGAGCCCGCUGAACGACAAGGCGGCCACCCUUAUCGAGGAACUGACCUCCAUAUUCCGAGAAGCCGCCAAGCCCAGAACCAGGAGCCCGGACGGGGAGUCCUCGUCCCCGGACAGCGGGUACCUGUCCCCUAAAAACCAGCCGUCAGACCCAAGGAGCGCCUCGGCCAGCCGCAGCCCCACCCGGGACCAGCAGGACGUGGAGGCCAGGGCCAGGCUCCCAGCGCCUGGGCAUCACCCCACCCGGGACCGGCAGGACGAUGUGGCCCGGCCCAGCCGCAGCCCCUCGUCCCCACCGCCCCUCAGCGCCUGCCACCCCCCAGCCGCUCCCCGGUUCAUCCAGAAGCUGCGGAGCCAAGAAGUGGCAGAAGGUAGUCGGGUCUACCUGGAGUGCAGAGUCACUGGGAACCCUCCUCCUCGGGUCAGAUGGUUCUGUGAGGGGAGUGAGCUGCACAGCAGUCCCGACAUCCAGAUCCUCUGGGACGGGGGCGACCUGCACAGCCUGAUCAUUGCCGAGGCUUUCGAGGACGACACGGGGCGCUACACCUGCCUGGCCGCGAACCCCAGCGGCUCCGACAGCACGUCCGCUGAGGUGUUCAUCGAAGGUGCCAGCUCAUCAGACUCUGACAGUGAAAGUUUAGCUUUCAGAUCGAAACCUGGAGCCAUGCCUCAAGCUCAGAAGAAAACCACUUCCGUGUCCCUGACCAUUGGAUCAUCAUCCCCAAAGACAGGAGUGACCACAGCUGUGACCCAGCCUCUGUCAGCCCCUGUGCAGCAGGCCCCCAGCCCCACCUUGUUCCUCUGCCGGCCGGAUGGACCCGCUGCCGCCUGCCUCCCACCUGUCUUCACCAAGGAGCUGCAGAACAUCUGUGCGUCCGAGGGCCAGGUGGUCGUGCUGGAGUGCCGUGUGCGAGGCACGCCCCCACUGCGGGUCUGCUGGUUCCGACAAGGCAGUGAGAUCCAGGACUCACCGGACUUCCGGAUCCUGCAGAAAAAACCUCGAUCCACAGCUGAACCUGAGGAGAUCUGCACCCUGGUUAUCGCAGAGACGUUCCCCGAGGACGCUGGCAUCUUCACAUGCUCGGCCAGCAAUGAUUACGGCUCAGCAGCCAGCACUGCCCAGCUGGCGGUCACUGCAGCCAGCACAGACGCCUGCGGCUACGACUCAGCAGGAGAGUCCGGCAGUGGCCACUUCCCGCCGCCGUCCCCGCUCUGGGAGCCGAACCCCUUCGAGCUGGCGCCGCAGAAGCCGGCGGAGGCCCCUCCCGUGAGCGGCCCCGAGUCGGGGCCGAGCUCUGCCGCCGACAGGGAAGCCACCGGCGCGCACCGCGCACGCGGAGUGAACGGGCUGGUGAACGGCCGAGCCGACGGCGGCACCGCUCUCCCCAGCCCGUCCGCCCUGCUGUCCCCCACGAAGGAGCCGCCGCCUCUGCUCGCCAAGCCCAAGCUGGACGCGCUCAGGAUCCAGCAGCUGCAGCAGCAGAUCCGCCGGGAGCGCGAGGCCCGCGCGCGCCCCUCGCCGCCCGCGUCCCCGGAGCCCCCGGAGUCGCGCGCGGAGCCCAUGAGCGCGCUGGCUGCCCGCCCCGCGCCCGCCAUGCAGGCCUCCAGCUCCUUCAGCUACGCGCGCCCCAAGCAGUUCAUCGCCGCCCAGAGCCUGAGCCCCAGCGCGCCCCGGUCCCCGGCGCCCGCGUCCCCGCCGACCUCUGAGCCCGAGUGGGGCGCGCUCCCGCCGCCACCCCCGCCGCUCAGCCCUCCGGCGCUCGCCGCAGGGCCCGACUUCUUCCCGCCGCCGCCGCCUCCACCUCCGCCUGGCCCGGGUCCCUCGCCCCGCGCUGCCCGCCCAGGCCCCGCGCCUGCAGCGCUGCUCCGCGCCCUGCUGCCCUCGCAACCAGCCACCGCCAGCACCGUCUCCACCGGGGUCUCCGCCCUCGGCCUGCCGCGUGCCGCCCCCGCUGCGGGGCUUCCCAAGAAGGCCAGCAGACCUGCUAGGAUGGCCUCCGACGAGGAGAUCCAGGGCUCCAAGGACGCCGUCAUCCAGGACCUGGAGCGCAAGCUGCGCUUCAAGGAGGACCUGCUGAACAACGGGCAGCCGAGGUUGACCUACGAAGAAAGGAUGGCUCGGAGGCUCCUGGGUGCCGACAGCGCAACUGUCUUCAACGUCCAGGAGCCAGAGGAGGAGGCAGCCAACCAGGAGUACAAGGUCUCCAGCUGUGAGCAGAGGCUCAUCAGUGAAAUCGAGUACCGGCUGGAGCGGUCCCCCGUGGAGGAGUCAGGGGAUGAGGCACCCUGCGGGGACACGUCUGUGGAGAGCGGAGUGGCCCCCUUCUUUGAGGUGAAGCUGAAGCAUUACAAGAUCUUUGAGGGUAUGCCUGCGACAUUCACGUGCAGAGUGACCGGCGACCCAAAGCCCAAGAUUUACUGGUUUAAGGAUGGAAAGCAGAUCUCCCCCAAGAACGACCACUACAGCAUCCGCAGCGACCCCAGCGGGACCUGCUCCCUGCACACCGCAGCCUCCACGCUGGAGGACGACGGCAAUUACACGGUCAUGGCUGCCAACCCUCAGGGCCGCGUCAGCUGCACGGGACGGCUGAUGGUCCAGGCUGUGAACCAGAGAGGCCGCAGCCCCCGCCCGCCGGCCGGACACCCUCACGGCAGAAGGCCUCGCUCGCGGUCCAGGGACAGUGCUGACGAAGGGGAGCCCAUCCAGGAGCGCUUCUUCCGCCCGCACUUCCUGCAGGCUCCCGGGGAUCUGACCGUGCAGGAAGGCAAGCUCUGCAGGAUGGACUGCAAGGUCAGUGGGCUGCCCACGCCCGACCUCACCUGGCUGCUGGACGGCAAGCCAGUGCGCCAGGACAGCACCCACAGGAUGCUGGUGCGGGAGAACGGCGUGCACUCCCUCGUCAUCGAGCCCGUCUCGGCCCGGGACGCCGGCAUCUACACGUGCGUGGCCACCAACCGGGCGGGCCAGAACUCCUUCGUCCUGGAGCUCGUGGUCGCAGCUAAGGAAGCGCACAAGCCUCCAGUCUUUCUGGAGAAGCUGCAGAACACGGGCGUGGCGGACGGCUACCCCGUGCGCUUGGAGUGCCGGGUCUCGGGGGCACCCCCACCACAGAUAUUCUGGAAGAAGGAGAACGAGUCUCUGACCCACAGCACGGACCGCGUGAGCAUGCACCAGGACCACCACGGCUACGUGUGCCUGCUCAUCCAGGGCGCCACGAAGGACGACGCGGGCUGGUACACGGUGUCGGCCAAGAACGAGGCCGGGAUCGUGUCCUGCACGGCCCGACUCGACGUGUACACCCAGUGGCAGCAGCCGCCGCCGAGCGCCAAGCCGAAGCGGGUGCGGCCGUCGGCCAGCCGCUACGCCGCGCUCUCCGACCAGGGCCUGGACAUCCGAGCGGCGUUCCAGCCCGAGGCCGGCCCGUCCCCGCUCGCGCUGAGCCCCGGCCUGGUGGAGAGCGAGGACCUGUGA